UUUUACCGUCGCGCGCGUCGUUUCUCGCACUGCAUCGCGAAUAAAUAUUCAAAGUGAGCCAUGAACAAGUCCAUGAUCAAUGUCUGCGGCUUGACGCUCCUGUUGUGGUGCUACGUUUGCGCGCCGAGCGACGCCCAGGACAAUUCGACCCUGCACAGAUUGCCCAAAAACGUCUGGCCGGAAUCCUACGAUUUGUUGAUACUCUCCAACGUGACGAACGGCAAUUUUACUUUCAAAGGCCAAGUCGUUAUUACUUUGAGUGUGAUCGAGACAACCGACCGAGUCGUUCUUCACGCCGAGAAAUUAAAGAUCGACCAAGAGAAUGUCACUCUUCGUCGUAUCGAUUCCGACGAGGAGGAUGCUGCUGACGUUCGGAUAAAGGGACAGUCCUACGACGAAGAAGCGCAAUUUUUCACCAUCGAACUCGAGGCAAGUUUACUACCUGGCAGUUACGAGCUUAGCUUGCGCUUCGAAGGAAGCGUACUGGACGAUCUGUUUGGCUUUUACCGGAGCUCUUACAAAAUCGGCAACGAGACGAGAUGGCUCGGUGUCACGCAGUUUUCACCGACGUUCGCGAGAAGAGCUUUUCCGUGCUUCGACGAGCCCGGAUUCAAAGCUACGUUCCAGUUGCGUUUGGGGCACUACGACAACGAAACGGCUACGUCCAACAGUCCCGAAGAGUCGAACGAAAUUUUUGGCGACGAUCCGAGCUACCACGUAACAAAGUUUGCGGAAACGCCGAGAAUGUCGACUUAUCUUUUAGGCUGGUCGAUUCACUCUUUCCAACGAAUAAAUUCCAGCGUGGAUGGUCGUUUCUCCCUGUGGACGCGUUCGAGGGAUCUGCUGCUGGCAUCGAGCGUCGGCGGCGGCAGCGAACGAGUGCCAUUAUGUCUCGUCGAGAUGCCAGCGAUUUAUUCGGCUCUCGAGAACUACACGGACCUGAGCAAUCCGAUUGAUAAGUUCGAUAUUUUCGCCGUGCCGGACUUUAACUUUCAGGCGAUGGAGAACUGGGCCCUCGUGACUAUGCGCGAGUCCGUGGCGCUGAUCUCGUACGAGGCCACCUCGCUGCGGCGCAUCCACGGCAAGCUGACCACGAUGGGCCACGAGCUGGCCCACACCUGGUUCGGCAACCUGGUCACGCCGUUCUACUGGAACGUCGCCUGGCUCAAGGAAGCCUUCGCGACCUACUUCGCUUACUUGGCCAUCGGCCAGGUUCACGAGGACUGGAGGAUGAUGGACAUGUUUGCCACGGAAGUGCUGCAAGACAGUCUGCUGCUGGACUCGGCGGAUCACGAGCGCCGUAUGAACGGACCGACGCUCGGCACCGCUGCUAAAGCCAAAGCCGCUUUGGACUUUGUUACGUACAGAAAAGGUUCAUCGAUCAUCCGCAUGAUUUCGGAUUUGAUGGGGGAUGAGAUGUUUCGAGACGCAAUUCGGGCUUAUCUUCAGGACAAUCAGUACGAAGCCGUUACCCCUCCGGAUUUUUACAAGAGCCUCGAAGAUACACUCAUAGCAAACAACGAGUCUUUCAAAUAUCCCGUUCCUUUCGGCGAAAUAAUUGAUUCUUGGGCUAAUCAGUCCAACUACCCUGUGGUUCAAGUGUCUCGCAUCGAGUCCGGCCGGCUGCUAUUGAAUCAGGAAAUUUUCAAGCUCGAUCGCGGCAACGAAAGUAGCACGAGGCCGAGACAAUGGUGGAUACCAAUUAAAAUCGUCUGCGCCGCGGGCGAAGACGGCUACGGCAUCGUCCAAGAUCUCUACUGGUUCGAGCCGUCGAGCAGCAAAGAGAUCGACCUGCCCGAGGGCGCGUCCGAGAACGGCUGGUUCAUACUCAAUCCGCACCAGGUCGGCCACUAUCGAGUCGAUUACGACCCGGAGAACUGGGAACUGCUGAUGAGCCUUCUCGAUUCGCACGACUUCAAGAGACUCACCGGGCCGACGAGGGCUGCUCUCGUCGACGACGCCUUCAAUCUCGCGCGAGCAGAUUUUCAAGAUUAUUACUUGCCGUUGGAAUUAAUCAAGUAUUUGACGCGCGAAGACGAGUACGAGCCGUGGCUGUCGGCGAGCAGGGCCAUAAAUUUGAUCUCGAGGGUGCUCGUGGAUAGGCCGCACGUGAAGCUCAGUUUCGAGAAUUACGCCAAAGAGCUGAUAAAACCCAUCUACGAAAAGCUGACCUUCGAUGAAAAUCCCUCCGAUUCGUAUCGCGACAAAAUUCUACGAAAUUUGAUUCUUUCCACCGCUUGCGCGCUCAAUCUCGAAGACUGCGUUACGAGGACAAAAUCAAUAUUCGAUCAGUGGAUAGCUAAAGACCUGAAAAUACUACCCGCGUAUUUAAAAGAAAUCGUGUACGCCGUCGGAGUGAAACACGGAAACUACGAGAGCUGGAUGAAUCUGUGGCAGCAGUUCUCUGAGGCUGAGCUUCACUCCGACCAAGAGCAAAUGAUGAGCGCCUUGGCUAGCACCGACGAGCCUCUCUUGAUAAACAAGUAUCUCACGUACGCUAUCGAUCGCAAGUUCGAUGUGCCGAAGCAGUAUCGCAUUACAAUCGUACAAGCCGUCAUAGCUGGAAAUAGUCGUAAUAUUGAUACGACUUUGCAAUAUCUAGAUAUUAAUUUAGAUUCAAUUCUGAAAAUCCACGGCGCGGAUUUUUUGCAAAGUAUUUUAUCGACGAUCGGAGAACAGGCAACUUCGUUCGAGCACGAGAAGAAGAUAAAAUCUUUCAUCCUAAAGCAUUCUAAUGAUUUAAACAACACUGCUGAUGCCAACGAAAAGAUCGUGCAAGCAAUGAGAAACAAUAUCUUAUGGAUCGAAAGAUGCUCUAAUCAAAUUUUUGAAUAUUUCAAUUGGAAAGAAUGA